ACAACUCCCUCUUCUAAACAGAGUGUGUUGGGUUUGAUGGUGAGGCUGUGGGCCCUGAGGGAAGUUUGUUUGUCGGGCUGAUGCAGGAGCGCCUCCAGCUCCCGCAGCUCUCAGUGCUGAGAUUAAAAUCCGAAUUAAAGACUGUCAGGAGAUCAGCGGCGCAGCUCCGGUAACCGGACUGAGGAGGAGUAGGAACGGUGGCCUGACUAAUACUGAACACUAACAGCAGCGCCGCUGGAUCUCCCCGUGUCUCUCGUUUACGGUUACUGUCCGGUCUUCACUGUGAAAUACGCUCAAGCAGGCAUGUUUGCAGAGUGCGGUUCUUUGGACUGGUGAGAGGAAGCAGUGGGUGUGUCAGACUGACAGUGAGACCAUGGCCAGCCAGUGCAGCAGCUUGGACUCCAGAGACACAUUCCCGGUGGUGGGCUCUAUUAACGCCACCCCUGUUGCUGCCCAGGUCGAAUCAUACGAAGGAGCGGAGAAAAAAUGCAUCUCUGACGUCAGGAGGACUUUCUGCCUGUUUGUGACCUUUGACCUCCUGUUUAUCACACUGCUCUGGAUAAUUGAACUCAAUGUCAAUGGAGGAAUACAAGACCAGCUAAAAAAGGAGGUGUUAGAAUACGACUACCACAAGUCCUUUUUUGAUAUUUUUAUUUUGGCUGCCUUUCGGUUUAUAGUCUUAAUCCUGGCAUAUGCAGUGUGCCGACUACGCCACUGGUGGGCAAUCGCGAUCACUACAGCAAUCACCAGUGGUUUCUUGAUUGCAAAAGUUAUUAUAUCAAAGCUGCUCUCCCAGGGUGCAUUUGGUUACCUGCUCCCCAUCAUCUCUUUCAUUCUGGCGUGGAUAGAGACGUGGUUUCUGGACUUUAAGGUUCUGCCUCAAGAAGCCAAUGAUGAGAACAGGUAUAUUACAAUACACAGCGCCGCAGACACAGCUCCACUCAUACACCCAGGACCUCUCUCAGACGGACAGUUCUAUUCGCCACCAGAGUCUGUAGCAGAUUCUGAUGAAGAGCAUGAUGACAAGCAUGACCUUGAGAAGCCCCUCGUUUAGCAGGUAGUUCAGUGAUUGCUCAUAUUAUUUAAGGAGAAUUGGGGUCACGAGGGAGACUGCAGACCUGCUGAAUCAGAUCAUUAAAGCCUCAAUGUGUGUGACUCGACCUUAAACUGGACCUGGAGCUGUUUCAGCACUUUCUGCUCUCUGUGGUUAACUGGACAGUCCAUCUGCCUUGGAUCCACCGUAUCAACCUUCUACAGUGUCACUCUCUGCAUCUCUCCAGCAACCAACCGACCAGUCAAGUUAUUGGUGCGAUCCGUCUACAGCACCACCUACAGCAUCUUCCUCCUGCCCUGCUGUCUUAAUCGAUGCUGUGCCAUACCUACACACACGGCCCAGAUGUUUACACGGGUUUAAAAUCACUGGUGGACAGAUAUCACGUUUCUGAAUGGAGCUCUUGCUCGCUUUUGUUUUUCUGCUUCUGCUGCACUUUCACAUCAUGUUUUUUCUCGAGAAAGAAGCAGACGUGCUCUCGUUUAUCACUCACUCAAUCGUCGCUCUACUGUAGCAAACGGCUGCCAUUGGUUAUGUAUUUAAUACAACUUCCAAACAGCUUAAAUUCACGAUUAAGGGAUUGUGAGAUUGUCAAAGUGACAAACAUAAAAAGCAUUUACCUGCAAGGUUUAAAUUGUGCCUGCACGACCAGUCUUUAACAGAUCAGUGCAUUUAUUUCCAUUAUUCUUUCUCCUGUUCAUUAGGCUUCCACUUUAACAUUCUACCUAUCAAUCUGUGUAUAUAUAAGAAAUUGAUCUUAUAUUCAAAUAUUAUAGACAGUUACACAACAUAAACUAUAAAUAUAUAUCUAUAGCCUGUAAAAUGUCUGGAACAGUUGGUUUAGCUGCAAAUUAACUUGCAAAAUAAAGGGCUCCCCUAGUUUUGCAUGAUCUUAAUGAAAUGAAGUCUGUUGCAUCUAUGAAGCAUGAAUGUCCUUCGUUGGUAAUCGUUUGUUCAGGCUGUCUUUAAGCAAACACACCCAAAAUAACUAGAGUGUAUUAAUUGAAAAAUGACUCUGAAUCAUCCGUUAUCAUCUUUUUCCACGUUAAUACUUAAGCUAUACUUACAGAUAAGGGCUUUUGCACCUGGUGCUGGUCUGGCACCCGCAGCCUUCUGGAUGUACACUGUUAAGAAAGUGACUGACUUUUAUCUGCACAUACACUUCUUUGAAACUCUCAUUGCCAUUCUUUUUUCAUGAUAAAUGUGAAUAUAUAUUUGUUUUAAUUAAAGUUUCUGUUUGUCUUUUA